AUGGCCAAAGUUGGAAAACUAACAAAGCUCAAGUCAGCAAUCAAGAGAUGGCCCUCAUUGACGAAGCUCAGCCGCAGCAACAGCUCUGUCUCUUCCAACAAAGGAGCCACCGGAGCAUCCUCUUCAUCCAAGGAACAUGCACAUGAACAAGAACUUCAUGCUGUUUAUGUUGGCAAAUCUAGGAGACGCUACCUGGUAAACUCCGAAGUAAUCGACCACCCUGUGUUUCAGGAGCUGGUGGAUAGGUCUUCAUCUCAUGAUGAUGGGGUGGUGGUGCCCUGUGAGGUUGUGCUGUUUGAGCACUUGCUGUGGAUGCUUGAAAGCGAAGAGACCCAGUUGGGGUCCAUGGAUGAGCUGGUUGAGUUCUACUCUUGUGCAUGCUGA